AUGAAUGGAUGAACAGAACCUCAAACCUGUAGGUCUUAUUUUCCCUCCUCUCUUUCAGUCAUCGUCUCUAAUCUCUGUAUUAUUUCCCAUAAUGCUCCUGGUCUGUGUUUAAUCCCUCCUGACCCUGUUGGAGGAGGAGCAGAGGGAGGAGAAACACUCAGCUGAUCUCAGCUGCAGAGAUCACACAACCAAACUGGGAUUCUGGAUUAUUUCUUUCAUCUGGACUCAUGGAUUAAAUCAUUCUGCUCUCUACUUCUUUUUAUUUUUAUCUUUCUAUCUAUAUUUUUAUAACGUCACAAGGAAGAAAAAUCAUAAUUUAGCUGCUGUUGUAGUCUUUAACAUGGAUGGUGCGUUCAGGUGCAGGUAGGAAGGGUUGUAAACAGGAUUAUAUUCAGACUACAGAACCAAAACUUCAGUUUGUUUUAUUAUAAAACUCUUUAUUCUGCUGGGAUUUAAUCAUUUUAGAGACUUUUUUUAUGUUUUUAAUGUGAUGGUUUUGAAAAGCAAACAGAAAAAGGAUCUGACAGUAAAUUAAAUUAAAAUAAAAAGUAGCAGGAAGCAGAGCAGACGUCAUUUCUAUCAGAAUAUUAAGAGUUUAUCUUUAAUUUUCUGGGAUUGAUUAGAUUAUUUAUAAUUUUAUCAUUAAAUUAUUACAUUUAGUUCCUGGAUUUAACAGAUGGGAAGGGAAACAUUUUCAAAUAAACACCUUAAAGAGCAGAAGUCGUGAUGCAGAGAGCGAUGGCGUCCUUCACCGAGUGUCUCCGUCCACCUGGAGACAACAGCUCCGCCUCUGGACAGGACGAUGGAUGGCGUCCACGAGGUUGGCGAGGUGAUGGCUUCCCGUCUGCAGGUGAAGGAGGAGGACGGAGACAAAACACGUCCUGAAGACAAGGGUGGCAGUCUUUAUGGCUCUCUCCACAGCUCAGUUCAYGACAGAGACAACGGUCCAAUGAUGAGAGCCGCUCUGUGUUCUCAGGUGUGCAAGGUGUACCGGUUCCAGACGGAGGAUCACAGGUGGCUGCUGGUCCGGGAGCAGAUGUCGGAGACACCGCUGUCCAUCACUGUCCCCAAACAGCUGCUGAGCGCGCUCGUUCAAGAACAUGCCAACAGAGUCUCGGAGGUGAAGGAGCUCGGUGACCUUUCACCCCAUUGGGAUGGUCUCCGCCAUGAUGUCAUCGACCACUGUAGCCGUCUGAUUGGCUGCUACCAGGAGACAUCAGCCGAGCUCGACAAACUCUCAGCUUCGUCGUGUUUCAAGUCCAGCAGCAGUAAGUCCGACAGACACCUGCAGUUUGUUCCCACCAACCUGCACUCUCAGAGGAUGGAGGUCAAAGGUCCCGACAGCUCAGGUGUUUGGUAUGAGGUCAUCACUUUCGGCGCUCCGGCUGAUCACCACCAGGCGUUUAAACAUGGCGGCCUGAAGAGACUCCUGAGGAAACACCACAAAGAGAGCUCCGUCUCGUAUUCUCAGGAUGAGAGCUGCAGAGCGAAGGAGCUGCUGGCCAGCGUCGCCCGGCUGCAGCCUCUGAUCUUCGGCCUCGCCGAGGAGCUGCUGUCCGUCUCCUCGGAGCAGGACAUCUCCCGGCUGCAGGAGGUGCUGGACACUUURAUGCAGGAGACCACACAGUUCAUACACGCCCUGAAGGACGAGCUGGUUAAAAACACCCUGCUCGACAUCCACCGUCACUACGCCGCCGCCGCCGGCUGCCACGCCCACAGCAACGGUCUGGUCUGUGAGAACUCGCCGACGGACCAGGAGGACGAGUACGACGAGGAGGAGUGGGACAGAGUGUGGGCGAACGUCGCCAAGAGUCUGGACUGCAUCAUGAUCAUGGUCGACCGGCUGCAGGAGCGAGAGCGCCACCUGCAGGAGCAGACGUCCCUAGAACCUCAGGAAUCCACGCUGGACACUAAACCUCAGAACACCGCCCCUCCUCCCUCCUCCUCCUCCUCCUCCUCCUCCUCGUCCCGGCAGGAGCAGCUGCUCCCCCUGGUGGUCACGCUCAGGGACUGCGUGCGUGAGGCUGCGACAAAGGCCCGGGCCGCCACAACCUUCAUGGUCCUGCAGGGGGCGCUGGCUGCCACCGUGGCUCAGGGUCCGACGCAGGUCCUCCAGAGACGCCACGCUGUGUUCAGCCAGGCCCUGUCUGCGGUUGUUUGUGGCUUCGUUCUGAAGCUUCACGGAGGUCUGGAGGAUCCAGAGUUCCUGCAGCAGCUCCACUCAGUCGGAGUCCUGGUCCAGUUUGAGGGUCUGCUCAGCACCUACGGUGAGGAGGUGGGCAUGCUGCAGGACAUGCAGGUGGGCGUGGCCGACCUGAGCAGGGUGGCGUUCAGCCUCACCGAGGCCCGAUCGGAUCAACCAGGAGACCUGCGGCCGACGCUCCGUGGAGCAUGGAGUGGUUUUGUUGUGGAGGUGCCGGUGCCUCCAGACUCCUUCAGCUCGCUGCCGCAGGAGCUGAGAGACGGCGCUCUGAUCCGAGUCCAGCCAGUUCUGUUCAACAUCGGCAUCAACCAGCAGCAGAGUCUGGCUGAGAGGUUUGGAGACAGCUCCCUGCAGGAGAGGCUGAACCAGCAGAGCUGUGAGCGUCUCAGAGCUUACUGCUCCUCACUGACACACACGCUCCCUCACACCGCAGGCGUGCGGUCUCUGUCAGAGUUGUUGUCGUCUCUGGAUCGCAGCUUGGAGGCGAAGAAGAGGAAGAAUGUGAAGGUCCUGUGGUCCGCGGCGGCGGUGUGUCGAUGUGUGAACGGCGUUCGUCUCACAAGCUGUAAGAGUGCGAAGGACCGCACGGCGAUGUCUGUGACCCUGGAGCAGUGCUCCAUCCUGAGGGAGAACCACCAGCUCAGCCAGCAGCACUUCAGCACCGCGCUCAGCUCCAUGAGGAGAUCCCGCCUGUCCUGGGGGCAGAUGCUGGGUUGUUAUGCCCACUCAGGGUUCACCGUCUCUGGGUUAGAUCCAGACCAGCCUCCCUCGGGUCUCCGCAGUCUCCGGCUCCCUCGGUGUUCGGCCUGCGAGCGGCACUUUUACCCUGUAGCCUUUCUGCUGGUGACCUCUCAUCUGCUGGUCCUCUGGCUGAUCCUCAGCUUGGUGGUCCUGCUAGCCAAAUACCAGUGAACAAGGCCAGACCCGGAACACUGGGGAGAACAGAUAAUAAGUAUUCUGAGGUUUGUGACACCAGAUUGAGGAAAAAAAAAAUGUCUUAAAUGGAACAGACUGGUUGUAACAUUAGACAUUAUUUAAUAAACAUUUACUUCAACUGUAAAAACAAGA